AGUGAAAGGCAUUGGAGCAGUCCAUAUUUGACAGGAAUCAAGGAGUUUAUUCUACAUUAUAGGUCUACAUUAUGAAUCAAAUACACUGUAAAUAAAACAGAUUACAUGAUGAAAGUUAUAUUCUAUAGAAAAAAAUAAGGCAUGUCAACCUAUAGUCAAAAAUGACCUGUUUCAAUGUUCUUACAUUUGAGCGCAUAAAUUGUAUCUCCCCCUUUUUGCAGAUGGUAUGAUCCUAACAAUGGCUUUCCUUCCAUGGCUACAGUGUUAUAAAUUGAGGACUCCUGUAUAUCUCCCACUACUUUAUCGUGAUUGAAUAAAGGUGUUUUAAAGGGGAAAUAAAGGUAAAUUCGCAUUAUUAACAAUUAAAAAACAACAACAGUAGGAAUUAACAUUAAAAUGACAACUCAACAGAACACAGCUAAAACGAAGAGAGGUGAUUUAACAUCUGCUGAAAGAGAGAUGCUACAGGUUGCUGCUGCAGGGGAUGUGCAAGAGGCCGCUCAGCUUCUCAACAGUAAAGAAGUGCGCGUUAACUGUCUGGAUGAGAACGGCAUGACCCCUCUCAUGCAUGCUGCUUAUAAGGGGCAAGCAGACUUAUGCAGGCUAUUGCUGCAGCAUGGAGCUGAUGUCAACUGUAAUGAGCAUGAGUAUGGCUAUACUGCACUCAUGUUCGCCAGCCUCUCAGGCAAUGCUGAGAUUACAUGGAUGAUGCUGGAUGCUGGGGCAGAGACAGACCUGGUCAACUCUGUGGGACGGACUGCAGCACAAAUGGCAGCUUUUGUAGGCCAGCAUGACUGUGUGACAGUGAUCAAUAACUUCUUCUCACGAGCAAGAUUAGAAUACUACACCAGACCACAGGGCUUAGAGAAAGAACCCAUACUGCCUCCAAAACUGGCAGGACCUUUACAUAAGAUCAUCAUGACCACCAACCUUAACCCAGUCAAGAUGGUGAUGAUGGUGAAAGAAAACCCGCUGCUUGUAGACGUCGUAGCUCUGGAGAAGUGUUACCGAGUGAUGGAUCUGCUGUGUGAGCAGUGUGUGAAGCAGCAGGACAUGAAUGAGGUGCUGGCUAUGAAGAUGCAUUACAUCAGCUGUGUGCUACAGAAGUGCCUAGCCUUCUUACAGGAGCGUGAUGACAAACUAGACGCUCUCCUCAAGAGUCUUUUAAAAGGGCGAGAUGGUGAUGGCUUUCCACAGUACCAGGAGAAAUUUAUUCGUGACUGUAUCCAGAAGUUUCCUUACUGUGAGGCGACUCUGUUACACCAGCUGGUCCAAAACAUAGCUCCAAUGGAAAUUGGAAACUCCCCAACAGCCUUCUUAGUUCUUACUCAGGCAUUAACAGGUCAGAUGGCUCUAAUGGAUGCCGAGUUUUGUGCUACAUGCGGAGAGAGGGGAGCUGAUAAGAAGUGUUCAUUCUGCGAAAAGGUUGUCUACUGUGGGCAGGCUUGUCAGAGGUUGCACUGGUUCACACAUAAGAAAGUGUGUAAGGCUCUGCAGCGACAGAAAGAAUUUCAAAGUAAAGAUUCCCCGAGUGUGAGAGAAAUCGCUGGAAAUGGUCAAUAUUAACAUGUCUUUAUGCCAUAAUGUUUUUUUUUUAAUUAGACCUUUUUCCUGCAUGGAAAUCAAUAAUAAAUAUGACCGUUUCAUUUACAGUACAAAAGGGUGAACUUGUUUUUUACUCACCCUUUAAUUAAAUCUGACAUUAAGCACUCUAAUCAAUCAUUGUUUUAUUUCAUAUCUCAGCCACUUACCGAUUAUUUUAAGGCAUGGCUGUUCUUUUUGCAGCCAGGGACCUGUAAAAUAAAUUCCACAGAUUCUCUCCAAACAUAAUCCAACUAUUGAAAUAUUAGGAUCAUUAUUUAAAUAUGUACAAUAAUAUGUUGGCUACUUAUUGGAGCCAUAGAUCUUUUUUA